AGCAACGUCACCGGACCUUCAAAAUUUCAGGAGUCAUGUUGGCGUCAUUCUGGUGUUAAUUUAAAUACGCGUCUUGGGUGUCGACCCAUCUCUUCAUUUUACCACCAUGGCUGAUCGUUCGCAAUCUCGAGGUCGUGAAUUCGUGAGUGAAUCCCCAUCGUUUCGAGCUGUAUAUACUAAACGCUUGCUGCAGCAAUCAUCAGGAAGAGGGGGGCUUGGAAAUAUUCGCCCCACAUCCACGUCGAGGGACAGGCCUGUCGACGGUCCCGAUGAUUUUUCCUCGACGAGAGGCAGAGAGCCUGCCAUUGAGCCCACCAAGAUCUAUUCGACUGGUCGUGGAGGUGCUGGCAACAUUCGCUCCCCGUCUCGUGACCACAAGGAGCAUAUAGGACCUGACCGUCACGAGAGAGAGAUCGUCAGAGAGCAUGAUAGGCUCGAAAAGGACGCACCGCACUCCUUUGGCCGAGGGGGAUUGGGAAACAUCUCCCGCUCGCGAUCUCGUGGUCCGGCUCCUGUGACUCCACCCAAUGUGCAUUCUCCUGGUCGUGGCAGUCUUGGAGAUGGCACCGGCCCCAUUUACGAAGACCAAGAACAGCCACCUGUUGGCAACCCUCGACACUCCACUGAACAACAUGGUCCAGGUGCCCAUGAACCUUUUGGCUCUAGGGACCGCUCCGCUUCUCGCGAUCCGGAGCAUCGUGGCUCCUCUAAAGACAGGCACGGACUUUCGGGCUUGUUGCACAAGGUUACCCAUCCUAAUGAACCUCGCAACUGAGGAAGAAGAUGACCAAGUAGUAUACGACGAAGAAAUCCAAGAUCAAAUAUCGUAAUCAUAUGUAUGUCUAUUUGUAUAAUGCCAGGAACUCUGAAAUACUGUGUUGAGCGCCCAAAUGCGCAGAUGCUUGAGACAAGAAUUCCAAAC